AAUUGGUACCGGACUCCCUGUCAGGCUGCACCUGUGGCUGUGGGGUUUUAGGACAAUUGCAGCAAAGCAAAGCAAAACCCUAGAACCUGAGGCCAGAGCAGCCAACGCAAAUUCAUAGGAAAGCUUAUUAUUUUAUACCACUACCUUCUCUCUCUCUCUCUCUCUCUCACUUGUAUAAAUGCUCAUCUUACUUCCAGAACCUGUCCUCUGAGAAUCUCUUUUUAGAGCGGGGAAGGAAUUUCAAAAGCAAUUCAAAUAAUCUUCUGCUUUCUAAACCCCAACAGAUACCUUACUUUUGGAAAUUCAUGGCAAACAUUGUUGAUCAAGAUCAGCAAUGGCUUCUCAACUGCUUGACUGCCACUCUUGACCCCAACCAGGAAGUCCGUUCUUUCGCUGAAGCUUCUCUUAAUGAGGCCUCUCUUCAACCAGGUUUUGGAGGUGCACUAUCCAAGGUUGCUGCAAACAGGGAGCUUUCUUUGGGAUUGCGACAGUUAGCAGCUGUUCUUCUAAAGCAAUUCAUUAAGAAACACUGGCAAGAAGGUGAAGACACUUUUGAACAUCCUGUUGUGUCAAUGGAAGAAAAGGAAGUUAUACGAAGACUUCUUUUAGCUUCGUUGGAUGAUUCUCACAGGAAAAUCUGCACAGCCAUUAGUAUGGCUAUAGCAUCAAUUGCUACAUAUGAAUGGCCAGAGGGUUGGCCUGACCUGUUGCCUUCUCUUCUGAAGUUGAUUACUGAUCAAACCAAUAUGAAUAGAGUACAUGGAGCUCUAAGGUGCUUGGCUCUUCUUUCUGGAGACUUGGAUGAUACAAUGGUGCCGACACUAGUCCCUGUUUUGUUUCCAUGCUUACACACAAUUGUGUCUUCCCCUCAGAUAUACAACAAUUAUUUGCGAGCAAAAGCCCUUUCAAUUGUUUAUUCUUGCACAUCCAUGCUUGGGACUAUGAGUGGUGUGUAUAAGACAGAGACCAGUGCAUUGAUGACAACGAUGCUUAAACCAUGGAUGGAUCAGUUCUCUACAAUCUUAGGACAGUCUGUGCAACCUGAAGAUCCUGAUGAUUGGAGCAUGAGAAUGGAGGUUUUAAAGUGCUUAAAUCAAUUUGUUCAGAAUUUUCCUAGCCUCACUGAAAGUGAAUUUGUAGUUGUUGUGGGACCUUUGUGGCAAACUUUUGUGACAUCUCUAAGAGUAUACGUGCGGUCCUCAGUUGAAGGUACAGAAGAUCCCUAUGAGGGUAGUUAUGAUUCUGAUGGUGUGGAGAUAAGUCUUGAUUCGUUUGUCAUCCAGCUUUUUGAGUUUCUCCUGACCGUUGUGGGCAGUGCAAAACUAAUGAAGGUUGUUAGAAACAAUAUUAAGGAGUUGGUUUAUUACACCAUUGCUUUUCUGCAAAUGACAGAACAACAGGUUCAUACAUGGUCAAGGGAUGCUAAUCAAUUUGUUGCUGAUGAGGAUGAUGCCACUUAUAGCUGUCGUGUUUCUGGUGUGCUUCUGCUAGAGGAGGUGGUGAAUUCUUUUGGUGGAGAAGGAACAAAUGCUAUCAUGGAUGCUGUGAGAGAGAGAUUCAAUGAGUCUCGACAAGAAAAAGCUGCUGGUUCAUUAGUUUGGUGGAGGAUGAGGGAAUCUACUCUCUUUGCUUUGGCUUCUCUGUCAGAUCAAUUGCUUGAAGCUGAGGCUUCAGGUCUGACAAAUAUCAGCUUAGGAAAUCUUGUAGAGCAAAUGAUUACUGAAGACGUUGGAACAGUUCUAUUGUUUUGUUGUGCAGGGGUGCAUGAAUAUUCCUUUCUUUACGCUCGUAUUUUUACAUCAGUUGCUAAGCUCUCCACCGUGAUCAGCCAUGGAGUUCUUGAACACUAUCUCUCUGCUGCAAUCCGGGCAGUUGACAUGGAUGUGCCGCCACCUGUGAAAGUAGGUGCUUGCAGGGCACUUUCCCAACUCCUACCUGAAGCUAACAAAGGACUUGUCCAGCCUCAUAUGAUGAGUUUAUUCACAUCCCUUGCGAAUCUUCUUCGUCAGGCAUCUGAAGAAACUUUACACCUGGUACUUGAAACGCUGCAGGCAGCAAUUAAGGCAGCUCACGAAGCAUCAGCAGUGGUGGAGUCCAUUGUCUCUCCUGUAAUCCUGCAUACAUGGGCAUUACAUAUUUCUGAUCCCUUUAUUAGUAUUGAUGCCAUUGAUGUUCUGGAGGCAAUAAAAAAUUCUCCUGGCUGUAUUCGUCCAUUGGUUUCUCGAAUUUUGCCGGAUAUUGGACCAAUCCUAAAUAACCCAUACCAACAGCCUGAUGGACUGGUAGCUGGAUCGUUGGAUCUGGUUACUAUGCUUUUAAAGGCAAGUUAUCAAGUUUAUGAUAGAAUUGUACAGAAUGCUCCAAAUGAUGUAGUAAAAGCUGUAUAUGAUGUUUGUUUUAAUGAUGUCAUACGGAUAGUCCUUCAAAGUGAAGAUCACAGCGAAAUGCAGAAUGCCACAGAAUGUUUGGCUGCUUUUGUAUCUAGUGGAAGGCAAGAAAUACUUGCUUGGGCUGCAGAUGCUGGAUUCACAAUGAGAAGUUUGCUUGAUGCAGCUUCAAGGCUUCUUGACCCUGAUCUGGAAAGCUCUGGAUCUCUUUUUGUUGGACGUUUCAUUUUGCAACUUAUUUUACACCUGCCAUUGCAAAUGGCACAGCAUAUCCGAGAUCUUGUUGCUGCUCUUGUCAAGCGAAUGCAGUCAGCUCAAAUAGCAGGAUUGAGAAGCUCUUUGUUACUUAUUUUUGCUAGAUUGGUUCAUAUGAGUGUCCCUAACAUUGAACAGUUCAUAGAUAUGCUGAUCAGUAUCCCUGCUGAAGGCUAUGAAAAUUCCUUUGUUUAUGUAUUGUCAGAAUGGACUAAACAACAAGUGGAGAUACAAGGGGCCUAUCAAAUUAAGGUUUCAACCACUGCCUUGGCCUUGCUGCUAUCCACAAGACAUGCUGAACUGGGGAAAGUUAAUGUGCGAGGUCAUUUGUUGAAGUCUAAUGCAGGGAUAACUACUCGCUCAAAAGCUAAAUUAGCUCCUGAUCAGUGGACUGUUGUGCCACUCCCUGAAAAGAUAAUGGCUUUAUUGGCUGAUGUAUUAAUUGAAAUCCAAGAGCAAGUGACUGUCGGUGAUGAGGAGGAGAGCGACUGGGAAGAAAUUCAAGGAGACAUGGAAUCUGAUAAAAAUCUGUUCUCUGCUGCCAGUACAUCAUGCGGCAGAACCACAUAUGAUCAACUUGAAGCAAUGGCACAAGCUUUUAGCGAGAAUCAAGAGGAUGAUGAUGAGGACGACGAUGACGACUUAUUCCAUGUUGCUGAUCCACUGAAUGAGAUUAAUUUGGCAAGUUAUCUAGCAGAGUUCUUUGCUAAGUUUUCUCACAGCGACAGAGGGCUGUUUGAUCAUCUUUGUCAGGGUUUAACUCAGGCUCAACAAAACGCCAUUAGGACAGUAGUAGAUCGUUGAGGUGUUGAUUUGGUGUGCUUUGUGAGUAUGGAGGUUUCUAUGUUGGAUGCUAUUUCUAUUUUCUCCUUAUUUUUAUUUAUUUAUUUUUAUUAUUUGAUUAUUAUUUACUUGGCUUUCUGGUGGAAUUGGGGCAAAAAGUUGAACAAGAACAUGGUGAGAUGAAUUUGUAAAGCGAAAAUAUAUUUUCAUUCUUGAUUGUAUUUAUUACUUCAUCUUUUUUUAGAA